AUGUGGUCGGUGUCCCAUUAUCUCAUUGUAAUCCAACCAAAACCCCUCCCCUAUAUAUAUACGCCUACCCCCCAACAUCCAUAAUCCUCCCCUCCCUCUCUAUCUCUAGGACUCCCUUCUCUACGGUUGUAUCUCUCUAGGACUCCCUUCUCGUCUGUUUUUUACAGAACCCUCCAUCUCUUUCUCUUCCAAUGACGAGCUUCAGCAGAUGCAACAAGAUCCGCCACAUAGUGCACCUGCGUCAGAUGCUCCGGCGGUGGCGCCGCAAAGCCGCCGAGGCUGCGAGAGUCUCGGCUUUUCCGAGUGGAUUUUCUGGAGUGUUUUCGGGUGGCAUCCCGGCGGAUGUGCCAGCCGGCCACCUGGCUGUGCAGGUGGGGUCGAAGAGGUUCGUGGUACGCGCGACCCACCUGAACCACCCCGCCUUUCAGAGGCUUCUGCGGGAGGCGGAGGAGGAGUAUGGGUACGAGCAGCAGGGGCCCCUGUCUCUGCCCUGCGACGAAAGGGUGUUCGAGGAGAUUUUGCUAAUUAUCGGGGGCAAGGGCAAGGGGUGUGGAAAUGGGCUCUGGAAGGAGUCUUCUAUGCCCUUGCUCCAUGGCCUUGUGGAAAAGUCUGUUGGGUGAGAGAUUUCCCUUCUUAUGGGGGGGAGGGGUUCCGGAAUUUUGUUUUUCCGGUGAGGGUUUAUUGUUCUCCGAGGACCUGUGGAGAUGGCAAGCGAAGCGAUUCGGAGUCGUCCCGUGUUCGAUACGGAGCAAUAAGACCGGCAACUGUGCUUGCCGUCCUUUGAGACACAAGUGAUUUGUGUCCUGUGUCCUCUGGAGAGAAACAGACUGUGUAAUGUGUAUAUUCUUGUAACUAUUCAUUCAUUAAUUCAAGAGAGAAGUACACUUCUUGAUGGUAA